AUGUCAAUAACCCAAAAGCUUGCACAAUUAAACAGGCCGGACCUGAAAGAAAGGAUGGCUGGUCGCCGCCGCCUACCCCGUCCUGACGCGCCGGCCACGCCCUCAACGCCUAUCGCGCAACCACCACUCAUCCUUACGUAUUCUCAAUUCCUUGGGCGGUUUGACGCCGAUCCACCGUCGCAAAACGGCUCACACCACCCGUCUUUUGGCACAGCAGCCUUUGACUUCGCCUUCGACCCGUACGACUCCGGGCCCAGUCGCGUGCACUCCAGCGCACACCCCGCAGCGCGAGAGCGCGAGUUCGUCAUCGAAAGCGGAUGGAUUAAGGACGUGUUCGGGCGCGACCAAUACGUUGGGCACGGCAAGAUCGAGGAGGUUGAAGAUGACAAUGACGCCAGAGUGGCGGCGAGCGUUAACCUCAGUGAGGACCAAGAAGAUAAUUUCGAGACUCCACGAGGAAAGUCAACCGCCGUCCCAUCUUCUUUGCACGCUGGCGAUUAUGAUUUGAAUGGUUUUCGAGAAGAGGACAUUCCAUUAAAUUCAACACCCCCUCCUGGGCCACGGCCGAAGAAACUCCCCAGUCUCAAGGCAACGACCACCUCGGAAUAUCACAGUUGGAAGGCAACCUCAACAACUGCGCCCACUAUGGCUGCUCCUGGUCCUGCCAGCGUUUCAGGAGUCGGUCUCGACGAACCGACUGAAGUCGAAAUGGUCAGAGAAAAUCUAGAGCUGCUUAAUUCAUCCAAAGAGCAUGUCAAAUUCAUGGGCACAUUCUUUCUGUCCAAACUUGCCGAUCACCAGCUGAACCAACAUAUCGACCUUUGUUCGAAGAUGGAGGAAUCACUUGCAUCAUUACAUGAGACGUUGACACAACGCAUACGAAUUGGCGCUGAAGAGUGGAAUGUGCGGUCACCUUCGUGGCACCAGAAAUACUGCAAGCGGUUGGUUUCUCUCCGAACCACCCUACAACGACUAUCACGCAUGGCGCAAGUGAUAGAAAUCCACUCCCUUCGGCCUCGCCAAAGCAGCGCGAUUCUCACUAAAUUAGAGCAACACGAGGCAAAGUUGGCAGAUUUGGCAUCAAAAUAUAGUAUUGCCUUCGACAGGCUUAGACUACGACACCUUCACUUCCUGCUCAGCCAGUCUCAUAACGAGGCACGGCGGCAGAAGAAUGACCAAAAAUCACGACUCAUGUCCCGGGCGUCGUUCGAACGGCGGUGGAAAGAAGGCAAAACCCUACGCCAGACGCUUCGUAUCAACUUCCAGGACUUACGACAAGAGUUUUACAACAACCAACGAUCACGACGCCCUACAGCACCAUAA